GAUCGCCACGCUGCUGCGCGUCAUCAUGAAGCACACGGAUCCAGAUUGGGAUCAGGGAAGGCUUUCCGACAACAUCGACAGCAUCCUCUCCGUCUCACUGUCGCGACAAGAGUUUGACGAAGUGGUCCAGGAUGAUGCGGCUGCAAAGGCCUUGGAUGAGCUGGACAUCUGCCGAGAGGAUCAUGCCUACCUCUCGAACAUCCUGGACCCAGACAACAGCGAGGUGGUGUCUGUGACAGAAAUCGUACAAGGUAUCGAGUCACUUCGUGGCGAACCGCGCCGGAGCGACAUC